GCAAGGAAGCUCUGCUCUCAUGGCUUCUCUUCGUCAGGUGGAUAUCCGAAACUUCUACAUCGAAUCGGCCUCCUUCAUCCAGUUUUCUCGCCGUUGCCGCUCCCCCUUCGUCUUCUUCGACACAGAGUUCCCGGGCUGCAUUUUCCGAUCAUCGAAGCAUCACACGCUUCUCUCCCCUGCCGAGCGCUACUCUGUCCUGAAACUGAACGCCGACGUGAUUCGGCCCAUUCAGGUCGGCAUUACUAUCAGCGACGGCGCCACCUCCACCGCUUCCUGGCAGUUCGAACUCCGGGACUUCGACCUGCACAGCCACCCCCACGCUCCCAGCUCGGUCGCUCUGCUCGAGUCUUCUGGGAUAAAUCUUACCCGGAAUCGUCAAUUGGGCAUCCCCUCCGUCUGGCUCGCCCACCUUCUACUUGACGCUGGCCUCGUCGGCGACUUCUCUAGAGCGACAUGGGUAGCUUUUCACGGAUGCUACGAUUUUGCUAUCUUGUUCAAAGCCCUGUUUCAACUGACCACGAAACUACGUGUGAGGCUGUCGGAGACCAUGGAGGAGUUCAUCGCGCUGACAAUGUGGUAUUUUGGUGGCCGCAUAUAUGAUAUCAAGUGCUUGAUUAGAAGAUGCGAUGGGCUUUACGGGGGGCUGGAGAAGGUGGCUGAGAAGUUGGGCGUGAAGCGUGCGGAGGGGAAAGCGCAUCAAGCGGGGUCUGAUAGUUUGCUGACUUGCAAGGUGUUCCUGAGGAUGAAGAAGGUUUAUUUCGGUCCUUCUGAUGACGGAAAAGAGAAGAAAAUGCCCUUUGAAGGGCUUAUUUUUGGACUUAACAGUUGAUGAUGAUGAUGCUGAGGAUAUGUUCUAUGUUAGUUUUGCUGCUUACAGCGCAAAACAAUUUUGUUAUGGAAUAUAUCCAUUUAUGAAGGUUCUGAAAGUAGAAUCUUGUUGAUAUGU